AUGAGAAAGGAAGGUUAUACCUUAAAGAAAGAAAUUACUUUGGUAGCAAUUUUAGCUGUGCAAAAGUUUCCUGGUUUAAAAGGGACAUACGGACAACCACAUGAAAGAAUGGAAAAGAGACUCAUCAAUUGUUUAAAAAACAAAAAGAGAGAAGACAAUAAACGGAUGAAUAAAAGUAAAAUACAAAACGUAUCUAAGAAACGCAAAAUCAAUGAAAUAGCUGAGACAUCGAUGAAAGACAGCAGUUUUCAUACACUUUUACAAGAAGAGUGGCGUAAAUUGGAUAGGGAUAGAGGUCGAAUCAAAGAACUAUUAACAGAAUCACGAGAGCAGAGAAAAUUAGAUGCCCAAAAAUUAUCAGCUUCAGAAAUGCUAUCAAAGUACCCGGCUCUACAUGAUAAAGAUCUUUUUCUAUGGGAAUUCGAAAAGAUUGUUGAUGUACCUAUGAAAAUUAUGAGACGCAAUUUAUUACAUGCUGUGCCUAAAUUGUGUGCCUUAAUCGAAACGAAGCCUGAAAAUGAGGAAAAAAAUAAUUUGAUCCAUUUGCUCCAAAACUUGCCGGAAUUUUUCAAGACAAAAGGAAAAAAUGACACCUCUUUUAAUAUUUUGGAAAUGAAUGUUAACGAGACUGUUCCACCAAAAGACAGGCCGCCAUUCUUAAUUGCAGCUGACAUCGAAGGACUGCAAUUAAAAUGCUACGUCGAUUCUGAGCCGAUGCAUUGCUCAGACUCUUUGGAAGCAACUAUUUUGCUCAUUGCGUCCUAUUAUAUUUUUAAUAUAGGUUAUAACAAGCAUUUAAAAUUUCAAUUUUCGCUACUAGAAAAUAUUAUUUUUGGAAGACAUGUUAGCCGACUUAUACCCGCACAAUGGCGUUUCCUUACGGUAACUAAUAUUUUAGAAAGAGCUGGAAUUCUAUGAACAUAAUUCAAUAUUUC